CCUUAGCAUUGUCAAUCAGUGAACGUUACCCAGCGCUCAGGAACGAUGAUUUCAUACGCUGCUGCCGGGAUCUCAGCUUUGGAAAGUUGAGAGCGACCGACUGCAAUGAGACACAGCAUCCUCCUCUCCGGCAGGCUACACGCCAAUUCAGGCCAAUUGUCCAAGAAGGAUGUACAAGUACCUAUUUCCGCCGUUUUACAGUCGACCGGCAGACUCAAAGCUCCCGCAAAACGAGCUUUGCGGUCCUACUCCUCCGCCUCCCCCGAGCCGCAACGACGCUCAACGUGCGCAAUCACCACCGGCACAACAACAAGACCAACAAUAACACAAUCACCAGCCCCAGAAUAUCACCCUCUCUCCCCCUCAGCCGCAAAUCCCCCGCCGACAACCCGCCCUCCCGCGCUGACCCUGCCCACCAAAGAAGACGGAGGCAACCCGGACCUCCGCAAGCGCUUCACGCACGCCUUCGAGACAGGCAAAGCCUACCUAACCUUUUACAAGACGGGGCUCAAGCACAUCCUGACCAACCGGCGUUUGCUGUACCCGUCGCGAUCCCCGUCCUCAUCCUCCGAAUCGGAAUCCCCUCCGCCCCCGCCACGCCCCGGUACCCGCGCGCACCUGCACCUCAGACUACGAUGGAAGCACGACGUGCGCCGGCUGCCGCUGUUCGCGCUGCUGCUGCUCGUCUGCGGCGAGUUCACCCCGCUGGUGGUGCUGGCGGUGCCGCGGAUCGUGCCCCUCCCCUGCCGCAUCCCGAAUCAGAUUGAGAAGCUGCUCCGCCAGGACGAGGAGGCGCGGCGGCGGGGACGGGCUGAGGCGGCGGCAGCAGCAGCAGCAGCAGACGUUACUACUCCUGAAUCUGAUAGGGGUAGUAGUGGUAUUGGUAGCAGCAGCAGCAGCAGUAGUAGUAAUGGUAAUAGUGGCGAAUGGUAUCUGAAGGGACAACACGUCAGGGCGCUGGCGCGGGUUCUCGGGGUGCAUUCUGCGGCGCUGUCCCAGUGGCUGCUUCCCGAGUCUUGGGUCGCGGCGGCCGUGCGAAGGCGGCUGCACUUCCUCGCCGUCGACGACGCGCUGCUACUCCAGGCUGGCGGGGAGCCGGCCCUGGUUAAGGACGAGGUGCGGCUUGCCUGUGCGGAUAGGGGCAUUGCGGUGCUCGGGCGGAGCGAGGGCGAGUUGAGGCGGGCGCUGAGCGGGUGGUUGCGGUUGACGACCAAUGCGAUGGCGGAGGGAGAGUCGAAGGAGAGGGAGAGGGUCACGGUGAGGUUGCUGUUGGCUGAGGAGGAGGAGUGGAAUGCUUAACGGACCGGCUCGGGUGUUUCACACGAGCGAGGGGUGGAAUGUAUCACUUAUGUACCAUGAA